GACUUCUCCAAGUCGCCGAGACCUACCUGACCUGUAACAACUCCUCCGUGAGAACUACACACUUUCUAUCAUCGCCAGCUUUCAACCGCCCACCCACACCAUGUCUUCCUCCCAGCCCGCCGCCGUCCCCUUCACCAUCGAGAACGUCCUCCCCGGCCCGCUCGCCUUCCCCUCCUCGCCGGACGUGUACCGCAUCCGCCUCCAGCGCGAGCACGCCGCCGGCAGGCCGACCAUCAAGUACCUGGCCGCGCCCAACACAGUCCGCAUCUUCACCGGCCCCGACGCCCACCACCGCCGCCUGACCAACCUCGCCUUCGACCGUGUGCCUGCAGGCGACUGGGUCGUCGGCCGGCUCUCCGCCGCCGAGGGAGGAGGAGGCGGGACCAAGCUGGAGCUCAUCUCUACCGCCGGCGCUGACGCGCUCUUGGGCCUCGGUCUCGCCAGCGCCGGGCCAGUCUGGUGCGGCACGACCGUCGACGAGGCCGACUGCGCCGAGGCGGCGCCCGCCAGCGCGCGCUGGACUACCGUGGUCGACGCGGCCGGCGCGGAAGUCCGCGUGCCCAAGCCCGCCGACCUGCAGUGCAUGGACUACGUGUCGGCGUCGGUCAUCCCCGCGCUGCAGGCCGUCGUCGCCCGCUACUACCCAGGACAGGAGGGAGAGGCGCGUGUGGUGCUCGUGUCGGACUGGUUCCCGGGCCACUGGGCGGGGAUCGAUAACGAGACACGCGCGUACCGCAUCAUACAGGAGCGGGAUCCGGGGCUGGCGCCGCGGUUCCUGGCGCAUGUCACCGAGAAUGGCUCGCGCGUGGUGGGGUUCCUGCUGGAGCAUGUGCCCGACGCGCGCGAGGCCGGGCCUGCGGACUUGGAUCGGUGCAGGGCUGUUCUGGGGAGGCUGCACGCGCUGGGGAUUGCGAAGAGGGGGCUGAGUCGGCACUCGUUCCUUGUAAAGGGGGAUGGGGAGGUAUUGGUAAGGGGGCCGUUUAAUGGGCCUCCCGAGGAGGCUAGUGAGGAGAUGUUGCGGGCAGAGAUGGAGAGCCUAGAGCGGGUUUUGGCAAAGAGCCCGUCUGAGUUUGAGGAUCAGGCCGCGAGGAUGCUGAGGCUGGCUGACCCCCAGAGGGUGAAGUUGCUAGGCGAGUUUCAGAAGGCGCAUGGCUUCGUGCUGCCGUUUGUGUACUGGUUGGAGGAGCGUGCGGGACGCAUCACCCUUACGCUCGAGGAGUAUAGCAUCCUGGCUAAGGAGUACGAGGAUAACGACUUUGCUUGGAGCAAGGAACUGCAGGAGCGGGCUGAGAAGCGGUUUGGACUGUCCGCACAGGGGAUCUGAGCUUGCCUAGGACGUUUUGGAGCAGAGUAUAGGGUUUAUUAUAAGUGUAACGGGCUGAGCCCGAUGUGGGCCUCGGCGGCUGAAGCGAUUCCUACAUUGCUUCUCGGCGUGCCCGGACCAACGUGCCUGCCCUGGUUUAUUAGCAGCCCACA